AUGGAUUUAGAAUCAUUGUUUCUAAACCAUUUUGCCAUAGAGAAGAAGCCAGAUAUAAUUCAGUUGAUUAAAGCAGCUAUACAAGUUGGUGCAUGGAAGCAGCCUACAAAGUUUAAGAAGCACAAAGAUGAAAUACUAAUGAUGUUGCUGAAUCCGGAAACACCAGGUGACAUUGAUGAAAUCGACAGUGCUAGUGAUACAGAAGAAGAUGAAGAAGAAGAAGAUGAAGUAAGCGAUAGUGGUGGUGUUGAGUUCUCUGUUGAUUAUCUCCACCAGACGGAGAAGAGUUCUUCUUCUUGGUUUCAAGAAACUGGCCAUAUUCUUGGGCGACAAGGGAACUACAAUGUCAGUAAGGCCAAAUCUACUGUAUUUAAACUAAGUUUAAAGAAGACUCGGGACAUUGACGACAAGCUUCAACACAAACAUGUUGAUAGUGAUAAAGAAAAGAAGACAGAAGUAGGGAAGUGUCUGUCCGACAGUACAGAAAGCAAGAACAUGAGUUGUGUCACGGGAUCGGCAACCAAGAAUUCUCCUGGAGGUUUAAGGAAGCUGAACGAGGGUAUCAACCGCGUAGAAGAAAAACAAGAUUGUUCCUCACAGAAGGUCAAGAGGAGGCUUGAGGGAGGAGGGAAGUUACAGAAACAGAGAAACUGCAGUGCAAUUACAAGACCAAAUCAGAAAACAACACAAAACUCUACAGUUGCAAGACCAAUGCAAAAACCAGCACUAAGCUCUACAGUUGCAAGACCAACGCAAAAGCCAGCACAAAGCUCAACAGUUAGAAGACCAACGCAAAAACCAGCACAAAGCUCAACAGUUGGAAGACCAACCCAAAAACCAGCACAAAGCUCUACAGUUGCUACACCAACGCAAAAACCAGCACAAAGCUCAACAGUUGGAAGACCAACCCAAAAACCAGCACAAAGCUCUACAGUUGCUACACCAACGCAAAAACCAGCACAAAGCUCAACAGUUGGAAGACCAACGCAAAAACUAGCACAAAGCUCUACAGUUGCAACACCAACGCAAAAACCAGCACAAAGCUCUACAGUUGCAACACCAACGCAAAAACCAGCACAAAGCUCUACAGUUGCAACAGCAAUGCAAAAACAGCACAAAGCUCGACAGUUGCAAGACCAAUGCAAAAAAUAA